UUUGUCCAGCGGGGGGUUUACUGGUAUAAAUAGGCUAUGUAUGUUCAUGUAUAUAAAUAGGGUCAGUCAACAACAACAAAAUCUGGUUUGGUUCAUGAAAGUUGUGGCUGGUUGCUGGUUUACGUUUUUCUGACGUCAGGAAUGAAUGGCAGAAAUGAAUGGGAAAGAUGCGCCCCCACACAGAGGGAGAAAGAAUCGCAGGCUAUGUCAGUUUCAUACGAACGCUUCGUAAUAGCCGCAGUUAUUUACAACGCUCAGUUAAUAAUGCCAUUGACAUGACUGAAGGUAUAGUGACUCAUCAGAGAACAUUGUAGGCUAGCCUGUAGUUCAUUACAAACGGCUGCUAUUCAAGACAGUCUGCAUUGGACGAAAUAAGGCAAUGCAGGGAUAUAUCGACUUAACGAGAAAUUCUUCCAAGCAAGCAGCGCGAGUACAGCGUGUCACAGUUGUGCUGGGGUAAUCAAUACACAUUACUGGGCUGGAACACACGCUACGAUAUGGUUCCAGUUCACUAGCUGAAGACUGAUCUGAGAUCAGAAUCUAAAUCCAACUGCAUCGCAGCCCAGUGUCUUUCUAUCACAGGCACAGAUCUCAUAUCAGUUCACCCUCCUUAUUAUCCAAUCCUUCGCUAUCAGAGUGAAAUGGAAAACUGAUCUUGGUUAAGCUCAUAGGGCGAUCCGUAUCACAGCCUCUAGCUGCCAUGGCAGGGUUAAAGAGAGGUCACGAUGGGAAGAUUGCCGGACUGUACGACCUGGAUAAGACGUUGGGACGAGGACACUUUGCCGUGGUCAAACUAGCGCGCCAUGUCUUCACUGGAGAAAAGGUCGCCGUGAAGGUCAUAGAUAAGUCCAGGUUGGACGAGGAGGCCAGAGCUCACCUGUUCCAGGAGGUCAGGUGCAUGAAGCUGGUGCAGCAUCCCAACGUGGUCCGUCUCUACGAGGUCAUCGACACGCAGACCAAGCUCUACCUCAUCCUGGAGCUGGGUGACGGUGGGGACAUGUACGACUGCAUCAUGAAGCACGACGGUGGUCUCGCCGAGGAGGUGGCCAAGCGUUACUUCGCCCAGAUCGUCCACGCCAUCUCGUACUGCCACCGGCUUCACGUGGUCCACCGCGACCUCAAGCCGGAGAACGUGGUGUUCUUUGAGAAGCAGGGCGUGGUCAAACUGACCGACUUCGGCUUCAGCAACAAGUUCCAGCCCGGAGAGAACCUGGCCACAUCCUGCGGCUCGCUGGCCUACUCCGCCCCAGAAAUACUGCUGGGAGACGAGUACGACGCGCCGGCCGUCGAUAUUUGGAGUCUGGGGGUGAUUCUUUUUAUGUUGGUGUGUGGCCAUCCACCCUUCCAGGAGGCCAAUGAUAGUGAGACACUCACCAUGAUUAUGGACUGCAAAUACACUGUACCCUCCCACAUCUCCUCAGCCUGCAAAGAUCUGAUUGGCUGUAUGCUGCAGAGAGACCCUAAGAAGCGGGCUACUGUGGAGCUUAUCCAGGGCCAUGAUUGGCUGCAGGGAGUCGACCCCUCCCCUGCCACUAAGCUUACCACGCCUCUGGUGUCUCACAGGAGCCUAUCAGAGGAAGAGCACAGCAACAUAAUUCAACGCAUGGCACUGGGUGGCAUCGCAGACUGGGACACUGUCAUAGAGGCCUUGGAGUCUGACCAGUACAACCACAUCACGGCUACAUAUUUCCUUCUGGCAGAGAGGAUACUGAGGGAGAGAACAGAGAGAGAGCAGAUCAACCCUGUUUGGUCCAGUCCCAAUCACAAAGCCCAGUUCAGGCAGUCUUGGCCCAACAGGGUGGAUGCGCACCAGGACAUUGGUGACGGUCUGGGGGGUACUCCCAUCUCCCAUCCAGGCGGCCCCCAGUCCCCUGCCCGCAGCGCUGAAAGCCUGGUCCAGCACGGACAACGUCCCAAAACCCCCUUACUGGAUCUUCCUCACAGGCGGUUGGACGGCGGCAUGCAAACUCUGACUUUCAGGGAUGAAAACAACCCGUCUGUAGUGCUGACACUACCUCCUAUCGGUUUGCCCAGAGAACACCAGGACAGGGGCGUCCGACCUCCUGUCAAACCCCACUCCAUUCCCCUCAGGCUGGGCUCCCUGGCCUCGCCCACCCCCUCCAAACCACGGAGCCCCAGUCUAUUCAGCCUGGAUGAGGGGGAGGAAGAAGAAGAGGAAGAGGAAGAGGAGGAGGGCUCUUCUCCCUCGGCUCUACCCGCUCAGGUUGUGCUUCGACGUAACCUAUCUUCAUCGUUGUCAUCCUCUGUCACCAACAGACUGGCUUCUCGUAAGAGCGCGCCUGUCCUCAACCAAAUCCACGAGGAGGAAGGAGAUGAGGAGGAGAUUGGAGAGAAGAAUCAUAAAGAGAAUAAGGAAGGAAAGAUUGACAGGGAGACAGAGUAUGGGUUAAAGCUAGAACCAGAUUUGUCGUCAUCAGACACGUCCUCCACAGCGACAGUAACCAAUGCGGCAACGGUUGCCAUGGCGUCUCCCGUCUUGGAGACAAGCGACGCCCGAGACUCUGAGAACCGACUGCGACAGCAGAAACCAGACAGGGACACGACGGGUCCAAGACGAGGAAGCCCUAGCUCUUCUAGCGGUGGGCCAGAUGGAGAGGUGGGGAAUCCCUCUAAAUUUGCCCCUGGCGGAGAGAGAGAGGGCGACGGCAGGGGGAGAAUGAGGGAGACUCCUACUGCCGACGUCUCAGGGACUGGGGCUGGGCCAGGGGGCCGUGGUUCGGCCAAAGCCAGCGGAUUGGUGGAGAGCCUGAAGCUGAUGAGCCUAUGCUUUAGUUCCCAGUUCCACAGCCUGACCAGCGCGGGAGGUGGUCUGAGGGGGCGCGGUUUGGACAGCCGCGAGCGACCUGUGUGGAGGAUGUGUAUGGGGGGGUCCACAGGCAGCCUGGAUAAAGUUUCUCUCCUGGGGGGGCUAUCCCCCCGAGGGACCCACCACCUCCACCAUCACCCUCUUGACUCGCUCUCCGACACCCAGUUCGAGGCCCCGUCUUCGGGCACCCUGAGGCUGAGCGAGUUAGACCUGGCCCGGGAGAACCGCCGGAACCUGAAGAACAGAGUGCUGCAGAUGCCUCUCAGUGAUAAGCCGAUGCCGGUCAAUAUACACCGGAGCCCGAAGGAGGGACUGCUCUGUCCCCCGACACCACACAGCUGCUGCCAAGUCAUAUAGACCAGGUCCACAGUCGUGUGUACUCCUCGUCUCUUCUCCUCUGCCCUGUUCUCUUGUUGGGAUGGAGCAGCUUACUUGACCUUGCACGAUGACAAUCUUUGGUUCGUCCAUGUUUUUUUUAGACAAUCAUUUUUAUGUUCUUUCAAUGCCGACUGUAAGCAGUUUGCAACACAGGGACUUGACCUAGCUGGGGCUUUGACAUUCUGUUCAGGUUUAUUUAAAUGUUAGGAUCAAAUUAACCAUCAGGGAAUUUGCUGUAACGUUUGAAUUCUAGACUGUUACCACUGCUGUGUGGUAACUAGUCUUCACAGUGUCCGACACAAUACACACAUACAUAGACAUACACAGACACACAUACACACAGAUUCUCAACACUCUUCGCUCACAGUUGGUUGGUGACUCUGUACAUAAGGUGUAAAUACAAAGUUAUACUUCAGUAGUACUGUACCCUUAUUGGUAGAGCUUCCAAUAGAGCAGUGUGGAGUUCUAGUCAGACCCUGACCUCUUGCAAUGUUGAGUUCUAGUCAGACCCUGACCUCUUGCAAUGUUGAGUUCUAGUCAGACCCUGACCUCUAUCAAUGUUGAGUUCUAGUCAGACCCUGACCUCUAUCAAUGUUGAGUUCUAGUUAGACCCUGACCUCUAGCAAUGUUAAGUUCUAGUCAGACCUUGAGAUCUCUUAGUGUCAGAGGGGAAUUCCAUUUCAGUUUGGUAAAUUCAAGAUGCAAAAUGUUUAAUGUUUUAUUAGGAGAAGCAUUGAAGAAAAGUGGAAUUGGAAUGUCAGUUGGCUUGUUGAAUUGUGCCUGACCUCUAGAUCCCUAGAUCAUCUCUAUAACACAAACACAAUAACACUGGGGCAUGAAUAUAACACCCUGGCCAGUGUGGCUCUGUUGUGACUGGUGCUCAAUAUUAUUCUUGUGCGAUAUCUAACUUAAUAGUAUAUAGAUGCCAGUGCAUGUGUUCUGUUUUACAUGACAACUUCUAGAGUAAAGAAAAACACAUGUUGGGUGUUCCAGAACGAUCAAUAAGAUAGAUAUGACAUGGUCUUAAACAUUUGGAAAUAAUACGAAUCUAUAGAUAAGUAAAUGGCACCAGUCAAAAACUUGACUUCGUGUUCAGAUUUCAAAAGGAACCAGAAAAUUAAGAGAAGUAUAUCUGUGUUCAUGGGUUAUUUGAAGAUGCCUUGUGGUGAUAUAUGGGAGUGGUGCUCAUGAGCCAAAACAGGUCCUUAGUUUUUGUGUAGUACAUCAUUCUGUUGUAUUUUACAUCACACAUUUUGUAUGUUACGAACCUCCGAAUAAUUAUAAUAAUCGUAAUCCACACAUCAUACGAAUUAGGUGUGCAUAAGAUCCCGCAGUGCAUCUUUAAUAAUAGAGCUUUCUGGAACACCCACCUAUACUGCAAUGACACUGUAAUGGCUGACAACGAUGCCCUCUGCCUCACAACAAAACAACAACAAUGUAUGUGCCAACCAUUAGCCUUCUGUACGGUAUGUAUAUUGUAAUGUACAAAAAUAAACAGCUGUGAAUAAGAA